GGACUCCAUCUUCAAUGAUGACGACUCCAAGGCUCGAAGGUCGAACUCGAAGAAGUAUCUUCGGCACGACUUCGCCAAGUGUAAAAGCAAGUCGGUCUUCAGGACUUAUGAGCCCUCGGCGGCGUCUGCGGCGGCUGAAGCCCGGAGGAGCAGCUUCAGAGGAGCCAUGAGGAAGUACAGCUCCCUUCCUCCCUCAUCCAGCUACAUGCUCUGCCUCCUUAUUGAGUCCAAGGUUCGACUCCCCCGCUUCGAAAGCAUCACCCUGGACCGCAAGAAGCAGCUGAGAUCGCAGGAUGAGAAGGACUUCUUCCUGGACAUCGUGAAGGAUAUCGCCAACGACCUGGACCUGAAGGGACUCACUCACAAGAUCAUUAUUAAUCUGAGCCUUUUGCUGAGCGCCGAUGGGGCUUCGCUGUUCAUCGUCCAGAGCACUAGCGCCGGCAAGAAGGUCCUCGUGUCGAAGGUGUUCGACGUGCACAGUGGUACCAACAUCUAUCCGGCUACCACUGAGGACAACGCAAUGGAGGUGCCUUGGGGAAAGGGCAUCCUAGGAUGUGUGGCCGAGUCUGGUGAAACUGUUAACCUUGAAUGCGCCUGUGAGAUGAUAAAUUUUGCGUUAAAAGAAAAAAAGAGAAAAUGUCCUCUACAGGACAUUCUUGUUUUUCGGGAGACGUUUGAGGAGAUGGGUCGAUCAUUAAAGCUG